AUGGCAGAUCACCCUGGUCUUAGUGCAAAGGACGGCCAAGCGCUCGUGGACAAGCUGGCAGAAGUAUCUGCCAAUAUGAGGCAAGCAGCUACCCUUGCAGAUUCGUUUGCGCACUCUAUUGCGCAGCUAUUCCCCGGUACUGUUAGUGCGCCACAGCCGACCGUUGUCGUUGGCAAGAAGCGAGGCCGUGUGCCCAAGGAAGGAAAGCGCGUCAAGGACCCGAAUGCUCCCAAGCGUCCGGCGACAUCAUACAUCAUGUUUCAGAAUGAUAUUCGGGAUGAAUUGCGUCGAAAGCACCCGGGUUUGCCUUACAAGGGUGAGUCUGAGGCAUGGGCUUCGCUGGGUGAAGACCAGAAGAAGGCAUACCAAAAUGUUGCCGAUACCAACAUGGCCAAGUACAACCGUGCGGUCAUUGAUUAUAAGGGGUCCUUGAAUGGACAUGCUGCUGCUACUCCUGGGUCUGCAGCUCCCACACCAGAAGGUGAUGAAGAAGAAGAGGACGAGGAAGAAGAGGAGGAAGAAGAAGAGGAAAAUCCUCCUGCCAAGAAGUCCAAACCCACAGCUACUGCUCCUGCUCGUGCAGUCGAAUCCGAGGAGGAUUCGGAUGCAGCAUCAUCUGUGUCAGAGGAAUCCGAUGACACUCCCGUUGCUCCACCACCACCGCCCGUCAAGGCGACCAAGCCCCCCAGCAGUGUCAAGGACAAGAAGAAUUUUACACUACGUUCUCAGUAUUGGGGCACCUUCUCUCGACAAAUGAAACCUUCGAGUAUCACUAUCAUAGCUCGCAACAUCGCCAGUCGAAGUUCGUUCGCGACUUCUUCUAAACAAUUCUUACAUGUAUCGGCUACUGCAAGGAGAGACAAGACGCCGAGGGUGACGACUAAACCUCCAUCUCUCGUCCCCACGCGACCGUUCCCUCCUCCAGAGGGCCUGUCAUCGAACUCCGACUCUGCGACGUUCGACGCCAAAUUAUGGGCAUCUAUGCAACCUCCCCCUGCUUCCGCUCUAUCUGCGCUUGCUGCUCGACUUCGUCUCUCAGUUGCUUCGGACGCAAAUUCGGACAACACUAUUACACUCCCGCUCCUGGCUCAAAUAGUAACUCAUCCUUCGUUCGUUGAUUUACAUCAGAGACAUUAUCCUCACGAAGCUCCACCUGCGCAUAACGGUCUAUUGGCGGCUCUGGGGAACCAGCUGAUGGGGCUGUUUGCGAUGGAAUGGAUAGUCACUACAUACCCGCAUUUACCUACCAAUGUGGUCAAGGCCACCGUAACUGCAUAUGUAGGUCCAACCACGUCGGCCAUGAUAGCAAAAGAAUGGGGUGUGGCACCUCUUGUACGGUGGAUGCGAAAGCCAGGGGCUCUGACAAAAAGACCCAUCUACCACGAUGAUGCACUAGCAUCAGUCGCACGGGCUAUUGUCGGUAUCGUGUAUCAUGCCAAUGGAUCCUCGGUUGAGAAGGCUAGAGAAUUUGUGCACGCGCACUUUCUAAGUAGGGAACUGGAUAUACGACCUUUGCUCAAAUAUAGCGAUCCCAAGUUGGCCUUGAUCCACACUGUUCGAAAAUAUCAGCGGGAGCCCCCAGUCUCUCGUCUGUUACAAGAAUCAGGUCGCGAGUCCAACUCACCUACCUUUAUUGUAGGUGUAUUCUCAGGAGAGGAUAAACUCGGUGAAGGAUUUGGUAGCUCCCUGGAUAUGGCGGAAUACAGGGCCGCUGAAAACGCAAUGCAUAGGUUAUAUCUGACACGACAGCCUGUGACCGACUCUAUGCUUCCAACCACUACUUUUCCAAGCAGUCUGCCAGUCGAUGAUCCGACUACAUCUCAAGAAAAGCCCGAACAUCAAUUCAAGUUACUAGAAUUAUCCGCCAGUUCUUCUGGAUUGGGCUCAAAUGAUUCAAAAUAUACCCCAGGAUUAUUGGGCGACAGUGAGGCGCGUUACGGUAGUGCUGGUCGCUCUGGAAUCAAGGUGGGAAGCAGGGGUGCGCGUAUAUCGCUUACGUCCGUUGCGGACAUUCGAUACAAAGGCAUACUCAUGGGCAUUAAUCAUGCCGAGUCGACAAUCCAGCUCUCUGAUGUUGUAUCAAUGGGCACGGAAUCACGUCGUCCUCCUGCAGAGUUCAUUCCCCCCUCCGACACAUCCUAUGGGACUGUGGUAUUUCGUGCAACCGAAGUCAAGGAUCUUGCCAUAGACCCAACACCCCCGGCCGCAGGGUUGUUUAGAGAUCCCGCUGUGUUAGGUGCAGGACCCCAACCUCCUGGCCCGUACGGAGGAUAUCCUCAGCCAGGAUAUGGCCAGAUGCCAAUGGGACCUCACGGACCUCAAGCUGGGCCCCCUCGAGGCAUGGGACCGCCUCCUGGCCCACAUGGCGGCUAUCCUCAACCCCCUCAGCAGCGGUAUAUGAAUGGUCCGCCGCCACCGCAAAACGGACCUCCGCCUCAGCCCGGAAAACCCAAUGAGCAGCAACCAGCACAACUGGCAGGGGCUUCAGGAGAAGAAAAUGCUCAGUCCCAACCCUCAACUCAAGGUCAACCUCAAGCACAGCCGGUUCGCCCUGUCCCCUCUGCCGGGGGAGUAUCGAGCGAUAUCGCAAACCAGGAUGCUCCUGGUGGUACCACUCGGCCGAAUGCAUCGGUUCGCUCUGCGUCGGCUACGCUGGAAAAAGUUGAACGUGCUAUGGAUGAAUUGCGCCAGCCUGCUCCCAGUAACGCCCCACAAGGGGGACGUGGUGGUCGUCGGGGUGGUCGUGGUGGAGGGGCGCAACACACCGCGGGUCGAGUUCAAGUCCCGGACACAGACUUUGACUUUGAGGCCAUGAAUGCCAAAUUUGACAAGGCCAACUUGCGGCCCAACGAAUCAGAGAGCGAUAGCGAAUCGGAGAGUGAGGAUGAUGCCCCUGUUGAAGGCGACAAGAAAGAAAAGGGGGCCAAGUUCUACAAUCCUCAGCGAAGCUUCUUCGAUGAUAUUUCAAGCGAUUCAAAUCUUAAGAAUGAAGGAGGCAAUCCUGUUAGGGGACGUGGGCGUGGUCGCGGAGCCCUUGGUCGUCAGCGCCGGGAAGAAGAGCGUAACCGCAACUUGAGUACAUUUGGUGAAACGGGAGCUGUCAAGGUGCUGGAGGCUUCCAAGGAGGCUCUGGUGGGCGCGGAAGACGUCGCUGGGGAGGUGGUCGUGGAGGAGGUAACGGUAGGUAAUUCAACGAAAUCAAUGGGCUCGAGAAUUGAACUCGACGAUUUUGACGUUGCAUCGACUGUGGAUGCGGCAACUGAACAAAAUUCUGCUGCCUCUGUGUUCUCCUUCUCCUCAUCGCGUGAUGGAUCUGCUAUGUUGCGCGAGGCGGAGGGGAGAAUAUUCAACUCACAAAACGAACUAUACUACCUCCCAGCAGACGAACUUGAAUACUCACGUCUCGACAAACAGCAUCUCGUCCAUUUGCUCAUGAACGAUGGACUAAUUCACCGCAACGUUGUGAAUAAAGUCAGAGCUGUGUUGGAUCCCAGCAAUGUAACGUCAGACGGAAGUCGCAGGAGGGUAUUAGAUCUUGGGUGUGGAGGUGGAAACUGGGCUAUAUCCAUGGCGCUAGAGUUCCCUCAUGCAGAGGUGGUCGGAGUUGAUCUGGCACCAAACACUUCAAGGCAUGUACAAACCUGGGCGCGAAGUAACUUUUGCUAA